AUGGCGAGGAAGCUCGGUGUGUUGGAAAUCUUUCUGUUCAUCUGCUUCCUAAUUGUAUUGGCCGCAGAUAUCUUCUUGCUGUUUCUGGUGCUUGAGGUUACUCCAGAUGCUCCAUUUAGUCCACGGUGCCCUGAGAUCCCUGAAUCACAUAGGAUAGACUGUGCGCCUGGCGAGAUGGUGUCAAAGGAAAACUGCAUUGAGAAAUAUAAGUGCUGCUGGAAGCCUGUGUCAGACACUAAUGUCCCCAGGUGCUUCUUCCCCACGAACUGGGGCUAUGAAGUCAAUGGAAGCCUUAAAUAUGAAAGCACAGGGUUAACUGCUGGCUUGAAAAAGGUGCUAACCCCGUCUCGGUUUGGAGAUGAUGUCUCUAAUGCCCACUUCACAGCAGAGUAUCAGACACCCAGGCGUCUUCGUUUUAAGAUCACUGAAACCAAUAACACACGCUAUGAAGUCUCCCAUGAGCAUGUUAAGCUGUUUAAUAUGACUGCUGGUUCCACCAACCGGAGCUAUUACAUCGAGGUCAUAGAGAAACCCUUCGGCAUCAAAAUAAUGAGGAUGAGCAACAAAAAAGUCUUGUUGGACACGAGCAUUGGGCCCCUCCUGUUCGCCAAUCAGUACCUGCAGCUGUCCUUCCUGCUGCCCAGCGCCAACGUGUAUGGGCUGGGAGAACACGUGCACCAGCAGUACCGCCGCGACAUGGGCUGGAAGACCUGGCCCAUCUUCACCCGGGAUGCCACCCCCACCAAGGGCAUGAUUAACUUGUAUGGAGCUCACACGUUCUUCUUGUGCCUUGAAGACACCAGUGGCUCCUCUUUUGGGGUCUUUCUGAUGAACAGUAAUGCUAUGGAGGUCACCCUUCAGCCGGCUCCUGCAAUCACUUACCGCACCAUCGGGGGCAUUUUUGACUUUUAUGUGUUCCUGGGAGACACUCCAGAAGAAGUGGUUCAGGAAUACCUGGAGCUCGUUGGACGGCCAUUCCUGCCUUCCUACUGGAAUCUUGGUUUCCAGCUUAGUCGCAGGAAUUAUAAUAACAUCGAGGGAUUGAAAGAGGUUGUAGACCGAACUCGUAAAGCUAGGAUCCCAUAUGAUGUUCAGUACUCGGAUAUAGACUACAUGGAUGGAAAGAAGGACUUCACUAUUGAUGAAAAGGCUUUCCCUGGUCUCUCAGAUUUUGCCAAGAACUUACACGAACAUGGACAGAAAUAUGUAAUUAUUAUGAAUCCUGGCAUCUUACAUGAUUCUGAAUACCAGCCCUAUAAGAAUGGAAGAAAAAAGAGAGUAUGGAUCUUGGGGAAUAAAGGCUUUGUCACUGGACAGGGAUAUCCCGGAAAGAUAGUCUUUCCUGCUUAUGAUAAUCCAGCUUGUACUCAAUGGUGGACAGAAGAGCUUCAAGAAUUUCAUAAAACUUUGGAGUUUGAUGGAGUGUGGCUUGAAAUGGAGGAAGUAUCUAUUCUCCAAGGUUCUGAUCAUGGGUGUGAAGAUAACAACUGGAACUAUCCUCCUUUCACUCCCCGAGUUCUGGACCGCUCGCUUUUUGCAGGAACCCUCUGCAUGGACGCCGAGGUUUACCAGGAGCUUCACUAUAAUGUCCACAGCUUGUAUGGCUACUCCAUGGCAAGAGCCACAGACUCGGCCUUGAAUACUGUCUUCCAAAAUAAGAGGAACUUCAUCUUGUCUCGUUCUACUUUUGCUGGGUCUGGCAAGUUUGCAGGUCAUUGGUUAGGGGACAAUGCAGCUGCAUGGGAUGAUCUUCGAUGGUCCAUCCCUAGUAUCCUUGAGUUCAACCUAUUUGGCAUCCCCAUGGUCGGUGCCAAUAUCUGUGGGUAUAAAGAUAAUACCACAGAGGAGCUCUGCAGAAGAUGGAUGCAGCUUGGAGCAUUUUAUCCACUAUCCAGGAAUCACAAUGGGCCUGGGUUCAGGGACCAGGACCCUGCUGCCUUUGGUGAAGACUCUCAACUCUUGAGUUCCUCCAGGCAUUAUCUGAACAUCCGCUACACCCUGCUGCCUUAUCUGUACACCCUCUUCUACCGAGCUCAUACCCUGGGGGAAACUGUAGCGAGGCCCCUGGUCCACGAGUUCUACCAGGACAGUGCUACAUGGGAUGUGCAUGAGCAGUUCUUAUGGGGACCUGGACUCCUCAUCACGCCUGUGUUAUAUGAAGGUGUGGACCGGGUGAAAGCAUACAUACCAGAUGCCAUCUGGUAUGACUAUGAGACAGGAACAGCCAUCCAAUGGAGGAAACAAUUGGUGGAGAUGCUACUGCCCCCUGAUAGGAUAGGACUUCACCUUCGAGGGGGUUACAUAUUUCCCAUCCAGCAGCCAAACACAACCACAGAGGCCAGUCGGAAGAACUCCCUGGGACUCAUUAUUGCCUUGGACUACAAGAGAGAAGCAAAGGGAGAGCUGUACUGGGAUGAUGGUGUGUCUGCAGAUGCUGUAACGGAAAAGAAUUACAUUCUGUAUGAGUUUUCUGUCACCUCGAACCAUCUACAAGCAAAGAUUACAAAUAAUUAUAUGGACCCCGACAACCUCACAUUUACAGAUAUCAUAAUCUUGGGAAUGGACAAAGAACCUACUAAUUUUGUCCUUAAUGAUAUUUCCAUUUUAAAUGUUAGCUACAAUGCAUCAACGAAGGUGGUGAAAAUCACUGAUCUCGGACUGGCACUGGGACAAGAAUUCUCCAUGAGGUGGACUCUUUUGGUCAGUGACCAAGAGAAGUUCAACUGCUACCCUGAGGAUCCCACUGCCUCUGAGGAGAAGUGCAAGCAGCGGGGGUGCCUUUGGGAGAACACAGUUGUUCCUGGAGUGCCCACCUGUUUCUAUGACACCAUCCCUAAGUAUGCUCCCAGUAAUAUUCAGUAUUCGCCCACUGGCAUCACCACAGACCUUACCCACCUGACAGCCCCUGGGUCAGCUCGAGCAGCAGCACCAUCACCACGGAGCACGCGACAUACACCUGCAGCAGCAGCCGCCACCUCUCACCCUCUUUCUGCAGAGAUCAGCUCCCUUAGGAUCAGCGUGAUCUACCACACGGAAAGCAUGCUGCAGUUCAAGAUCUAUGAUCCCACUAAUAAAAGGUACGAGGUCCCAGUGCCUCUGAACACCCCUUCCUCUCCUGUUGGCUCACCUGAAAACCGUCUGUAUGAUGUCAGGAUUCAAAACCAUCCUUUCGGGAUCCAGAUUCAACGAAAAAGCUCCAGCACUGUGAUUUGGGAUUCUCAGCUCCCGGGCUUCACCUUCAAUGACAUGUUCCUUUCCAUUUCUACUCGCCUCCCCUCUGAGAACAUCUAUGGCUUUGGGGAAACUGAGCACACAACUUUCAGAAGAAACAUUAGCUGGCACACAUGGGGAACAUUUGCUCGAGAUGAGCCACCAGGGUUCAAGAAGAAUUCCUAUGGUGUCCACCCCUACUACAUGGGACUGGAGGAGGAUGGCAAUGCCCAUGGAGUGCUUCUGCUAAACAGUAAUGCCAUGGAUGUGACAUUCCAGCCUACUCCUGCCCUGACAUACCGCACCACAGGAGGGAUUUUGGACUUUUAUGUAUUUUUGGGGCCAACUCCUGAGCUUGUAACUCAGCAAUACACUGAGUUGAUUGGUCGGCCAGCAAUGAUUUCAUACUGGGCCUUGGGAUUCCAGCUGAGUCGCUACGGAUACCAGAAUGAUACCGAAAUCUCCAAUUUGUAUGAUGAAAUGGUGGAAGCCCAGAUUCCCUAUGAUGUUCAGCAUGUAGACAUCGAUUACAUGGACCGGAAGCUGGACUUCACCCUCAGCACCAGCUUUCAAAACCUUAGUCUGCUGAUGGAGCGAAUGAAGAAAAAUGGCACAAGAUUUGUCCUCGUUCUGAAUCCAGGCAUUUCUCGCAACGAGACCAAGUAUCUCCCAUUCACCAGAGGGCAGGAAAACAAUGUAUUCAUCAAAUGGCCUAACAGCAGUGACAUUGUCUGGGGAGAGGUAGAUUGGGAGGAGAUGCCUUCUGUGUUACUCUUCCAGAUGUACAAAGCCCACAUCGCGUAUCCUGACUUCCUGCGAAACAGCACAGCUGCUUGGUGGAAGGAAGAAAUAAGAAAGCUCUAUACAAACCCAAAGAGCUUGAAGUUCGAUGGACUGUGGAUCGAUAAGAAUGAGCCAUCAAACUUUGUGGAUGGAUCUGUCAGUGGCUGCCAUGAUGAAAUUCUUAAUAAGCCACCGUAUAUGCCAUAUUUGGAGUCCAGGGACAGGGGUCUCAGCAGCAAGACCCUGUGCAUGGAGAGCGAGCAGAUCCUGCAUGAUGGCUCCCGGGUGCGGCACUACGAUGUGCACAGCCUGUACGGGUGGUCCCAGACCAGACCCACAUACGAAGCUGUGCAGGAGGUGACGGAUCAGCGAGGGGUCGUCAUUACCCGCUCCACGUUCCCCUCUUCUGGCCGCUGGGCAGGACACUGGCUGGGAGACAACACAGCUGCAUGGGACCAGCUGAGGAAGUCUAUCAUCGGCAUGAUGGAGUUCAGUCUCUUUGGAAUACCUUAUACAGGAGCAAAUAUCUGUGGAUUCUUGGGAAAUGCUGACUAUGAGAUGUGUCUUCGCUGGAUGCAACUGGGGGCGUUUUAUCCAUUUUCCAGGAACCACAACACCAUCGGGACAAGGAGACAAGAUCCUGUGGCCUGGAAUUCAACCUUUCAGACGUACUCAAGAAAAGUCCUCCAGACCAGAUACACCCUGCUGCCUUACCUCUAUACUCUGAUGCACAAAGCUCACGUUGAGGGCAGCACUGUUGUCCGCCCUCUCCUCCAUGAGUUUAGAGAAGAUAGGACAACGUGGGAUAUAGACCGUCAGUUCAUGCUGGGCCCUGCCAUCUUAAUCAGCCCCGUGCUAACAAGUAACACUUUUGAGGUCCGUGCUUAUUUCCCCAGAGCCCGUUGGUAUGACUAUAGCAUGGAAUCUGGCAAUACAUCGACAGGUGAGUGGAGAAUCCUGGAGGCUCCCCUUGACCACAUCAACCUUCAUAUCAGAGGAGGCUACAUCUUGCCUUGGCAGGAGGCUGCAAUGAACACUCACUCCAGUCGACAACUAUUUAUGGGAUUGAUUGUUGCUUUGGAUGACAAUGGGAAAGCUGAAGGUCAGAUGUUCUGGGAUGAUGGACAAAGCAUUGAUACCUAUGAAAAUGGAAACUAUUUUUUGGCAAACUUUACAGCAAGUCAGAACAUAUUGCAAAUCCAGACCAUGCACAAUAAGUAUUUGAAUGGUUCAAAUCAACUGAAAGUUGGAUAUAUUAAAAUCUGGGGGAUCCAUUCUACUUAUGUGACACAAGUCAAUGUCACCUAUAACAACAGCCAAUUCACGACAACGAAUUUCAUGAGUGACCCCUACAAUCAGACACUAACUAUUCAACUGAUUGACAAGACUUUCAGUCUGGAAAAUUUAACUGAGGUCACUUGGAGUCAUCAUCACUGCACUGGUACUGCCUUUCCUAUCACAACCACUAAUACAACUACUCCUUUCCUUACAACUACUACCACUGCUAGCACUGGUUCUGCCUUUCCUAUCCCAACCACUAAUAUAACUACUCCUUUCCCUACAAAUACUACCACUGCUAGCACUGGUACUGCCUUUCCUAUCACAACCACUAAUACAACUACUCCUUUCCCUACAAAUACUACCACUGAUAUCACUGGUACUGCCUUUCCUAUCACAACCACUAAUACAACUACUCCUUUCCCUACAAAUAUUACCACUGUUAGCACUGGUACUGCCUUUCCUGUCACAACCACUAAUACAACCACUCCUUUCCCUACAAAUACUACCACUGCUAGCACUGGUACUGCCUUUCCUAUCACAACCACUAAUACAACUACUCCUUUCCCUACAAAUACUACCGCUGUUAGCACUGGUACUGCAUUUCCUAUCAUAACCCCUAAUACAACUACUCCUUUCCCUACAAAUACUACUAAUACUACCACUGGUACUGCUGGUCUUAUUACCACUCCUCUUUCCCCAACAGGUACCAAUGCUACUAGCACUAAUAAUACGCUUCCGAUUACAACUAUUCCUUCUCUUACAAAUACUGAGACUGAUACUACUAGCAUGGAUUCAGUUACUACAAAUGUUUUAAAUACUACCACUGCUAGAAACACAAAAACAACUACAGCUAUCACAACAGUUACUUUAAUAACAAAUGCUACUUCUGAACAAACUACUACAGUGAUCAUGUCAACUCUACCUCCUACAGGCACCCUUGGUAUCACCACCACAGAUAAUGCACUGACCAGAAUCAGUACCACUACUUAUCCUCCAGAUACCCCUACCCAUGCUUUAAGUACCACAUCCAGGAGCACUCAAAGCACCACCAAUACAAAUAUUACCAAUAUGACAACUGGUGUUACUGACAUUAUAAAUACUCCCACUAGAAACAGCUCAGCUACUACUGAUACAAUAAUUACUAGUACUCAAGACAUUUCCACUUCCUCACAUAUGAACAUUACAGAUAUUAAAUCUACUACUAAAGUUACUGGAAAUGCCAUCACAGCGUAUACUACCACCAUCACUACAUCUGUUUUCAGCACAAAAACUGCAAAUUCAAACACUACUUCUGACACCAUCCUUACAAACACUUACAUUCCAAGUACCACAGCUAUUCCCACCACCAAUACUAUGAACACUACAGAGCAUUCAGAAAAUAUUGCUGAUGCAGAUAACUCCAGGAGUGUUUUUAUUCCAAAUACUACAGUAGCCUCAGAUUCAUUAACACCUUUUCUAGAUACAGCAACUCACCAUCAUGUAACAACAAAUUCUACAACCAGUUUUUUACCUCUUAUUGUAACUAAUGCUACCACGGCUAUUACGAAUGUUACCAUUUAUGCUUCAAAUACUAUUAUUCCUGAUAGAACACCAAUGGAUGCCUCUACUACUGCAUUGUCUUAUAUUGCAAACACCACAAAUACUACUGUAGUUCCCUGA